CCUUCUUCUCUUCUCUAAUUCCGUUUCGUCUCCUUCGUUUUUUCCCAAUUUCUCUGUCUGAUUUUAUACGAAAUUUUCUGUUAAUAUCGAAGAAUAUUGAAUACCAAUGAUUCAAAAUUUCAUCUUUUAUGUGUCUGAUUCCUCAAUUUGAUGUUCCUGUGAUUUCUAGGGUUUUUUUUUGGUGUGAAUUGGGUGUUCUUAUGUAAUGAUUUUUAUGGGUCUUAAUUGAUGAUUGUUACAGGUAUUGUUUUAAGGAUUUGUAUAAAACUUCCAUUGCAAAUUGAAAGGACUUAGCUUCCAAAAGGGCAUUACUAAGUUGCAAUCUUUUUCAACAUGAACAGCCAAAACCCUGAUGAUCAUGAGGACACAACGGUUGUGGGAUUUGAGGUACCUUUAUCACCGGUUUCAAGUUACAACAAUGUGUAUUCUGCAGCAGAAGAUGAGACAAGAGAUCCUCCAGCUGUACCGCCACAUCUUCAACACUCUCAGUUAGGCAAUCCAGGUAGCAUGGAAUUGGCUUCUGCGCCACAGAAUGUCGUCCUCAACCAUCUCUACAUUGAAAACCGAAACGCCCCAAGAUCUGUUGUAGCACUUGGUUUCUCGCAUCGGUUCAGAUCUAAGUUUGUCACUGUGGUGAUUUACAAGCCGGUCCAAAGAAGAGGGAGCGCAAGUGUUUGAAUGAUGAUGAUGAAUGCCUCCUUUGAAAUAGUGUUGGGAUCUUGCUGCUUUGUGGGUUUUUUUUAUUUGGUAUACAAAACUAGCUGGUCUAGACUAAAUUUUCAUAUUCUCUUAACCGAUUCGGUUUAGACGGUUUCUAGGUUAUUUGAUUGAAAUCAUCUUGGUUCGAAGUUGAUACUGCAUUUUUUAGGGCCAAAAAGCUGAUGGACUUGGGCAUUGUAUGUUUGUAAUAACUCCCUUAGAUUGGGUUGGUCAACUGAGGUCAUGUAUCUCUCUUAUUGAAGUUGUGUAGUAUUCAGUUAGUGUUUA